AUGGCGCCACCUCUAAAUGACCUCGCCUCAGUUUUCAAGGAGCUUGGAGACCUAGAGAGGGACUUUGCUCAGGUUGAGAUUGAUGCUUUGCGAAGAAAGGAAUACUCUUUACGGCCUCUGUAUUCGAAGAGAGAGACACUAUUUAAGCGAGUGCCAGAUUUUUGGCCGACAGUGUUUGGCUCCGGGCCUGAGGAGAUUCGAAGCUUCUUCACUCCAGAUGACUUGCCUCUCCUCGCCGCUAUCGAGUCGUUCUCCGUUGAACGAUAUCAAAUCCAAUCUGAAACCGAAGGCGAACCCCGCAGCCUUCGAUUCAAAUUUCAGUUUGGCCCCAAUGAAUUCAUGACUGAUACCACCUUGGUCAAGGACUUCGAAUUUCGCGCAGCUGAAGACGGACCUGGUGACCUGAUCUCGAAGCCGGUUCCAAUCAAAUGGAAGGGCAAGAAGAAAGACCUAACACGCGGUCUCCUCGAUGCCGCUGUUGAAUUGUACGAAGCAGAGGAAGCGCUGAAACUCAAGAAUGGAGACAAGGUGGUUAAUAUCGUGGACCGGGAGGCGCUGUGGCAGUAUGAGAAGCUUCGUCUCAACCUUGAGAAAGACGAAAAUGACGAUCACCAGCCAAGUUUCUUUUCUUGGUUCGGCUUCAGGGGCACGGUUGAUGCCGAAAAACCGGAAAAACCGAAAAAGUCGUCUGGGAACGGGGCAGCAGAAGAGUCCAAAGACGAGGAGGAUGAGAGUGAAGACGAGGAGUUGGAAGAGAUGCUGGAUGUCGAAAUCUUCCCAGCCGGUGCCGAGGUCGCCACCGCUAUGGCAGAGGAUCUCUGGCCUGAUGCCAUGGAUUAUUUUAUAUCGGCUGGCCAAGAGGAAGACGACUUCGAAUUCGACAGUGAUGAGGAUGAAGAGGAAGAUGAUGACGAGGCCCCGGAGUUGGUGCUCGCAGAGGAUGAGGACGACAACGACGGCAGACAGCGCAAGAGGCCGCGCAAUGGUUGA